AUGUUAGCCAAGGAAACUGGACUGACUGCACUGCUUUUUAAUGUCGUCUUCGAUUUGUACCGCUACUGGGGAUCUAUAAGACGAUCAUCGCCUACAAGAUGUCGGUGGAAAGAAGAUAGCAUAUAUAGCCGCGUUGCUCGCAGCGUUGGCGCGUUGGCAUUAUUGGCAAUAUUCAGAAUAGCAAUGCUGCAAGGAUCACUUCCAACAUUUUCGCCACAAGACAACCCACCGGCAUUUCAUCCGUCAUAUAUCGUUAGAGCUGACUUGGCUGUUCUUCCGCAUAAUGCUAAACUACAUUAUAACUUUGCCAACUUUUUGAAAGAUAUUGAGCAACAAGAAAGUGCCAUCAAACACUACAAAGAAGCUUUAAAAAAAAAGAACAAAAUAAAUGAGUCAAUAAAGAUGCUAGAGAGAUGUAUAUCACUUGAGCCAAGAUUCGUACAUGCGUACUUAGAACUGUUGUUGGUAGCACCGCAAGAAGACAAAAGAGAUAUAUUAGACAAGUUAUUAGAGCUUGAACCGAAGAACUGGGAACAUUAUCAAAUCUACGGUAACUGGUUUAAAGAAAGAGAUGGCAGACUGUGCGAGGAGACGAAAACCGCGGCGCGUCGCUGGGCGGUCACUCGCACAUGGCGCCUACGCAGCGAGCUGGCCGAUCGCGCAGCUAAAUACGCUCGCGCUCCUUUGGUAACGUCAACUUGCCUCCACCAUAGUAAGUUUGAAGUAUCGUCAGAUGUCUACAAAAUAAAUAACGCGGUAAAAGAGAACACUAGAACGUUCUUAUACAAAUAUGACAUUCAAAGCGUUUCAAAACAAAAUGCUAUGAACGAUGUAGAGAAAGCGUCUACAGAGAACAGCUGCCAAAAAAACAUAUUGCAUAGUGAUAAGGAGGGCGUUUCUCUUUCGGCACAAUAUAAGCCGAUUCAUAAUAAAUCAGAAACGGGUCACAAGCACAAGAGCUGUCGUCUUCAUAAAAAGAAGAAAAUAAAAGAACCGGAGUCUUUCGUUCCUUUUGUGUCUGACCAUUUAAUAAAGACUUAUUAG